AUGACGCUCGCUGUUGAUUGUAUGAAUUUCGCGCUUCUAGUCAUUUGCUCUCGAGUAUUUCAUUUUGCGCUUGGUCUUAGUGCUCAUUAUUACAAGACUCAACUGGAAGCACAUUUGAAACUUCACAAUGAAAAAUGGUCAACGGAUGACGUAAAAAAGUGCAAACUCUGCAACAAGCAAUUUACUCAGCCUGCUCUUUAUCGCAUUCACAUCCGAGAACAUUAUAAAUUGCAGACGAAGAUGGUCAGGCAUACAAAAAGAGGGUUGACUAAUAAAAUAAUGUAUAAAUGUAAAAUAUGUUUAAAAAUUUUCCAAAAACCCAGUCAAUUGAUGCGACAUCUCAGAGUACAUACAGGCGAAAAACCUUUUUCGUGUAAUAUUUGCAAUCGAUCAUUUACACAAAAAAGUUCUCUCCAAAUUCAUAAAUGGAAGCAUGUAGGUCUUAGACCGUAUCAUUGUGACCAAUGUAAUUCUAAAUUUAGCCAAAAAGGUAAUUUAAACGCGCAUAUUAAAAGAGUACAUCGUCAACCAGAUGACGAGACGAUUUAUCCGUGUUCCCAAUGUACUUGUGCUUUUAAAAAACUGGGAAGUUUAAGUAUACACGUAAAAAAAGCUCACGAGAUUCCGAUAGAGUUGUUUAAAAAGAAAUGUGAUAAUUCAGCCUCGGACUUGAGCGAUAAAAAGUCCGCUGAUACAACAAGCAAAAGUGAUAUUUUGCAACAAGCUUUGAAGAUUUCUGGGUUGUCAGAGAAAGGGAAAAAUCAUAAUGCUGACAAUUCGGAUUCUCCCAAAAAAGUAGCUAAAGAAGAUGUACAAAGCUCUUUUGUAACUCUAUUGGAUAGAACUGAAGGUUCUUUGAGAAGGUAUGUUACAAUAAAACAACGUAGUGUGGGAAAUACAAAAUGGUACUCGUGUUCGUAUUGUCAUAAAGAGUUCAAAAAACCAUCGGAUUUAAUUCGUCACUUACGAGUGCACACUCAAGAAAAACCUUACAAGUGUUCGUACUGUUGUCGUUCGUUUGCCUUAAAGUCAACGAUGAUCGCUCAUGAGCGUACACAUACAGGUACCAAAAAUUACAACUGCGGGACUUGCGAUAAGAAGUUUACUUGUCACAGCAGUUUGAAGGCUCAUACCAGAACGCAUACAAAACCCCACAAGUGUAAUUCUUGCGGUAAAUCAUUCAGUACGAGUGCUGUAUUAAAGAGUCACAUGCAGAACCACGCAAAAAAGUCAAAGUUGUCAGCGGACGCAGAAGCGUUGAUGCCGCAAAUUGUAUUGGAAGAGCCACUGGUGAUAAGUGACGCUGGAGACAAAAUAAGUGUUGCUCAUGUUAAAUCCAAGCAAUCGGGCGACGACAGUAAAGACAGCGCUGGCAGGCCUCACAAGUGCUGGGUUUGCUCGGCAGCAUUUAGAAAAAUUAGCCACUUAAAGCAGCACUAUCGACGUCACACCGGGGAACGGCCCUUCAAGUGUCCGAAAUGCGAGGGUCGGUUUACCUCCAACAGCGUCCUCAAAGCUCACUUACAAACUCAUGAAGCUUCUAGACCCUACAAUUGCACUGUUUGCAAUGCCAAAUUUUCUACUCAGAGCAGCAUGAAGCGACACUUGGUUACUCACAGCAAUGUUAGGCCCUUCAUGUGCCCUUACUGUCACAAGACCUUUAAAACUACUGUUAAUUGUCGGAAGCACAUGAAAAUUCAUAAAACAGAACUUGCGCAGAAACAGUUAGAAAAACAAAAAGAAAAAUCUGCUGAGACUGUCAUACCUAAUAAAGAACAGAUUCCGACAUUAACAGAGAACUUGACUUUGCCAGAAGAUAUUUCUGAUACUUUCCAGCCCAAUAUGAGUUCUGAUUUCACUCAAGCAUUUAAUGAUCAGUUUACGACUAUAGAUGUUGAUAAAAAUAAGUCGUUUUUGAGUGAUGAUAACCGUACUGAAACGAUAGACUCAACUCAAACAUUACACGCCGACGAAACUGGUACUAUAACAUUACCAAAUUAUACUGGAGAUCAAACCUUAAGCGCAGAGAGCAUCCGUGAAAUAGAAGAAACAUUAAACCAACAAUUAUUCAACAUCGGUAUGAAUCUCGGACUAGGUACAAAUUUAUCCCGCCAGAUAAGUGAAACAGACGUCCCACUUGAAUCUCGCUCUCAACCAGUCCUAAACAUAAUGUACGACACCUCAAAGCCUCUCGACUCCUCCGAGUCUAUCAAUACAGACAUAUUCCCCCCGCACUUUGACACCUUUGACAUGAGCCAAAUAACCCUUCAAGCCGACACUGAAAUGGAUAUUGGAAUAAAUUCAGCAAAUUCCACAAGUAUGGCGAGUAUUUUGCCUAAAUCCGCUCAAGAAGCCCAACGACUCGUCCCCGUAUCUUGCAAUAAAACCGAAAUUACCUCCGAAUCUCGUCAGUUAAAAGACCGUCACCUUCUUGUAAAUUCAAUUCAAUCUUACCCAGAUUUAACCAAGCCCGUGCAAUCUUGCCCGAAGUACCCAAAAAUAAUAGCUAAAGCCGACACAACAAACCAAACAGACCUCCUAAUAAAUUUAAGCUGCGAAUCUAAUGAAAACUCAGUAACAUCCAUGGAAAAUUUUAAUCUAACUUGCAGCUACUGUGACAGACCAUUUAAUUCUUUAGAAGAUUUAAAAUCACACGUAGAAGGUCACCUCUCUGGAUUUACAACCAGUGAUUCCACGACUGACAAUAAUAAUAUUAAUAUUGAAGAAAAAAUAUGUGAAAAUAGCAAUGGGGGAUCUUUGCAGUGUCACAUGUGUUCAAAAAAAGGCUUUGAAGUAAAUUCAUUAAAAAAACACUUAUUAACUCAUAAAGGAGAGAAAGAAUUCCAGUGUUUAGAAUGUCCAUUAAAAUUUUGCACCAAUGGUGGGCUUAGUCGGCAUUUAAAAAUUCAUAGUGGAAAAAAAAUCGACUCCUUCGUCUCAUUCUCAACUGAGAAUCAUUUAAAAAUGCACUCCAGUACUCAAGACGUCGGUUGGAGCUCAAAUAUUGAGCCAGACAGCUCUCAAAAGGAUCCAUCAAAAAUAGAAGCAGAUUUAUUGAUAAAUAUUGAACCAGAUUCUGCUGCUUCUGUCUCCCAGAAGCUGCUUUUUGACACCGUAGUAGAGCAGAAUUUCCUGAAUAAUUCCAGCAGUGGCUUGCCGAGUUCUAGCAGUGCCAGCAACAACAUCAACAGCUUGCUGGAGAAGAAAGAAUACGACAAUAAAUGUAAGUACUGCCCAAAGACAUUCAGAAAGCCCAGUGAUUUAAUUAGACACGUAAGAACGCACACAGGCGAGCGGCCGUACCAGUGCGAGCACUGUGAUAAAAGUUUUGCGGUGAAAUGCACCCUGGACUGUCACAUAAAAGUGCACACAGGCAAUGAAAAAUUUUCUUGCCACGUUUGCAAUCGACUGUUUGCUACUAAAGGGAGCUUGAAAGUCCACAUGCGCUUGCACACUGGCUCAAAGCCGUUUAAGUGCUCCUUUUGCGACUUGCAGUUCCGCACCUCGGGGCACCGCAAGGUCCACUUGCUCACUCACAUGCGCGAUGAUAAAAAUUUGGGAAGUAAUUCUGGGAAACGCAAGCAAAAGUCCGGGAAAAUUCAGGUGAUUCCGGAGAUUAAGCUCGAGGGAGAGCUUGAAGAGUCUUUGGUGGAUAAUCAGACCACUGAGUUUUCUAAUCUUGAUACUAUUACUAUUGACGCGACAGGGCUGGCUGAUCAAUUGACUUUUAAUCCUGAUGGGACUAUUUUGAAUAAUAAUUCAAUGCUUUCGGUUAAUGAGAGCAACCAGCUGGUGGCUAAUUUACACUUUUUAAUUGCUAAUGGACUUGUUACUAUUCAAACUGAGGAGAAUAUUUUACAGCUUGGUGGUAAUAAUUCUAAUGAGGGGAAUUUGGGUGUUAAUAAUAAUAAUAGUGGUGAAAAUCAAGGAGCGAAUCUCUCGGGUAGUAAUUUAGUUAUUGCGCAAGUUAAUAAUCUUGCUGCUAAUUCUAAUUCAGAGCAAUUAAAUGAUUCUUGUAUGACUCUUGUUGAUUCUUCUAAUAAUUCUCCGGUAAUUAUUGGAAUUCCUGCGGAAUCUUCAUCACUUUCUACAGCUCCGAUUAUUUCUCAAAAAUUAAGUCCGAAAAAUAAUUGUAAUUUAAACAAUAAAAGUUCAAAUAGCAGCAGAGAGUGCGAUAUUUGUGGAAAAACUUUCGGAAAACCUUGCCAAGUUCAAAGACACAAACGGAUUCAUACCGGUGAAAAACCUUACAAGUGUGAGCUGUGCUCAAAGUCAUUUGCCCAAAGAUCCACGCUGCAGAUGCACAUGAAGCAUCAUACUGGAGAUCGGCCUUGGGCUUGUCCGCACUGUGAUUACUCGUUCACGCAAAAGGGAAAUCUUCUCACUCAUCUAAAGCGCGUUCAUCAAAUGAUAGACGAAAUUGAUAAGAAGAAAUUGAAGACUACUCAACAUAUUGUUAAUAAAGUUAUGCAAAGUAAUAUUCACAGCGAUAAUGGAAUACCGAAUUUAGAUAAUAUUUCGUUGGUUGAAUUACUAGAGUAA